ACUGCCCGGCCGGCGAUGCCGCUCCGACGCCGCCGACGCCGCCCAGCAGCGCGCCCGGCAGCGCCCGACAUCUGAGCCCCAAGGAAGCCAGCUCCAGACGGUCCAGUGGCAAGACUCCCCGAUGCCUAGACUCUGGGAGUGUUAUGGAUUUGACUAAAAUGGGGGUGAUACAGCUCCAGAACCCGAGCCACGCCACGGGGCUCCUGCACAAAGCCAACCAGAUGCGUCUUGCAGGGACCUUGUGUGAUGUGGUAAUCCUGGUGGACAGCCAGGAGUUCCACGCUCACCGGACUGUGUUGGCUUGCACUAGUAAGAUGUUUGAAAUCCUGUUCCACCGCAAUAGUCAGCAUUACACCUUGGACUUUCUCUCGCCGAAGACUUUCCAGCAGAUCCUGGAGUAUGCCUACACUGCCACCUUGCAGGCUAAAGUCGAGGACUUGGAUGACCUUCUUUAUGCUGCUGAGAUCUUGGAGAUCGAGUACCUGGAGGAACAGUGCUUGAAGAUCUUGGAGACCAUCCAGGCCUCGGAAGACAACGACACUGAAGUUAACAUGGCUGAUGGAGGCACUGAAGAGGAGGAAGACCGGAAGUCAAAAUAUGUUAAAAAUAUUCUCAUCUCGAAGCAUUCCAGUGAAGAGAGCGGCUACUCCAGUCUAGCCAGCCAGAGCGUAACAGGGACGAUGGUGGAGCAGAGCCCUUCGGUGUCCACCUCCUUUGGACUGUCUGCCAUGAGCCCCACUAAGGCUGCUGUUGACAGUUUGAUGUCCAUUGGCCAGUCGUUACUGCAAGGGGCAUUGCAGCCCAACGCCCCCGAGGAUUUGCACUCGGCCAGCGGCCGCCAUCCAAGCGUGUCUGAAGUGAAAACUGAAGCCAUGCAGGUCGAGGAAGCCUUGAGCCAUGAGAGCCCGAGGACAGCUGACCUGAACACUUCCGUCGGGGACAAGGCAGAGGACAAAGGCAAGCAAGGCCCCGGCACUCCGACGCGCAGCAGUGUGAUCACCAGUGCCCGCGAGCUUCAUUAUGCCCGGGAUGAAACUGCAGAGCAGCCCCUUGAAGCUGUCCAAGGCCCCCCGGUUGGGCCGGAGCUGAUGGUUCCUCAUGGUGAGAAGCCCAUGGGCCUCUAUUCUGUGUUACCCAAUCACAAAAGUGAUUCCAUGCUUAGCAUCUCUUCCUCCAUGGCGCCUGCCCUGCACAUGCAACCUGCCCUUGCCGUGUCCAUGGACUUCAGUGCCUACGGGGGGCUCCUGCCCCAAGGCUUCAUUCAGAGGGAGCUGUUCAGCAAGCUCGGGGAACUGGCUGUGGGUAUAAAAACCGAAACCCGAGCCAUUGGCGAGCAGUGCAGUGUCUGUGGGGCGGAGCUGCCGGACAAUGAGACGGUUGAACAACACAGAAAACUGCACAGUGGAAUGAAGACAUACGGGUGCGAAUUAUGCGGGAAAAGGUUCCUUGACAGCCUGCGCCUCCGGAUGCACUUAUUGGCCCAUUCAGCGGGUGCCAAAGCCUUUGUAUGUGAUCACUGUGGUGCACAGUUCUCUAAAGAAGACGCCCUGGAGAGUCACAGACAGACACACACCGGCUCUGACAUGGCCGUCUUCUGCCUACUCUGUGGGAAACGGUUCCAGACUCAAACCGCCCUCCAGCAGCACAUGGAGGUCCAUGCAGGGGUGCGCAGCUAUAUCUGCAGUGAGUGCAACCGCACCUUCCCCAGCCACACAGCCCUCAAGAGGCACCUGCGCUCCCAUACGGGGGACCACCCGUACGAGUGUGAAUUCUGUGGCAGCUGCUUCCGGGACGAGAGCACUUUGAAGGGCCACAAACGCAUCCACACUGGAGAGAAGCCCUAUGAAUGCAAUGGCUGUGGGAAGAAGUUUAGCCUCAAGCAUCAACUGGAGACCCACUACAGGGUCCACACAGGCGAGAAGCCAUUUGAGUGCAAGCUCUGCCACCAGCGGUCCCGAGAUUAUUCCGCCAUGAUCAAGCACCUCAGGACCCACAACGGCGCGUCACCGUAUCAGUGCACAAUCUGCCUGGAGUACUGCCCCAGCCUUUCCGCCAUGCAGAAACACAUGAAGGGCCACAAACCAGAGGAGAUCCCCACCGACUGGAGGAUAGAGAAGACCUAUCUGUACCUUUGCUAUGUCUAAAGCAAGGGACGAGAGGAGGGGUGGAGGGAUGCAGGACUGGGCAAAAACCCCGAAUCGACCCCGGCCUCACUCUUCCGUCCCGUCUCCCUUCUCAUUUUCCCUGUUUGGUUUCUGUUCCCUUAGGACUUGGUAGUUUUCCUUCAGGCUUGCUUUUGCAGUGGGGCUACGGGAAGGGAAAGAGGAAGCUCCCGUGAGAAGAAGCAAAGAGUCAGAAUCCAGCCCUCGCCCGUGGCUUAAGUGGUCCUGCUUGGGUUUUGGGUGCCCGUGUCGGGAAGGGUCUGUGGCUGUUGCUGGGAGGGUUGUCAGAUUUCACUCAAGGCUCUUGUCUGUGCUGAGACCGGGAGCUGGAUUUUCACCCAGCAUCCUUGUCCUGGUCCCUUUCCCCCAAGAAGUGAGGGGGAAUGUGGUAUGGUGAAGGUGUUGAGGGCUCUCUCUAGAGAUCCCUUUCCCUUUCUCCAAACCCAGCCAUCCAUUAGGACCGGGGAAAGGCAUGCCGGCGUGACGGGCUUCAUUUGGCCAGGGAAACAGUCCUUGAAAGUGGCUCUUCAUGGGCAUUUCUUUUGGAUGUCAGGCAUGCCCAUUUCGAUGCCCCCCCCAAACCUGUUAGCCACCCAGUGCCUGAGCACCCCAUUUCCCCCACCUGCCCUCUUGGGCAGGCCCUGAGCUGGGCUAGCUGCCCCACCCAGGUAGUCCCUUGGGGUGGGAAUGCAUAGGGCUGCCAUUGAGCAGCAUGGCUCGGCAGAUGUUGCGGUGCCAUGGAGAAUGCUGGGCCAGAAUUUGCAGGUGGUGUGCAGAGCACGGGACCCUGGCGGGCUCCAACUUUGCAAUGCUCUUGAGUUGUACUUUCAGGGCCGGAAGGGAGAAGCACAAGAAGCCAUCCUUGGCCAGAGAUGGAGGGGUUGUGCACUCCACUGAGUGAAGGGGCCUGCCUUUGUCCAUAGAUACCCCACACUUCCUAUUUUCGGCUAAAGCUUGUACCACCAUUGCAUUUCUGAGUUAAAAACUGGUCUUGUUUCCCCCACCCCACCCCCAGGGAGCAGGACCUAGGGCAUGCUGUGCUUACAAGAACUCGCAACUCACCUGUAGACAUUCCCUUUAGGCGGCCACCUUUUUUCCCAACCAAAGACCCUUCUAUGCAUUUUUUUUUUUUAGCAGAGGUGGGAACGGGAUGUGUGUGAGAGAUACCAGUUAGGGAUGGCGAAACUUUGCACAUUUGUCACUACUAAUGGUCAGCCAUCUCAAAGGAGGGGUUCCAGUUCCGAGUUCCUGAGCAGCCCUUCUCAGUCGGUACAAGCAAGUGCUGAAGUUUGUAGGCACGUGAGCUCUGGUCUGGUGGGCUGCAGUGCCUGGGGCCUCCACUGCACCUGUCAAGCUCCCCCACUCGCAAGAGCUUCCACAUGUAUUUCCCUGGGAGAAUGGGAUUGCCCCUCACAUUCCUUUCCGCAUGCCAAACCCUCCCUCCCGGGAACAGAAAGAGGUGGCCUGCAUGUUAUGAAGGAGGGCAGCAGAACCCGGAUCCGGGAAACUGACAGCAAUCCAGCCACGGACUCACGAGGGCUACUUGAAUGCCCCAGGGUGUGGCUUUGGGCCACUUUUUUGUGCUUCAGAUUUUUGCCUUUCAGAGGCAGUCAUGAUGCCCAGUUGUGCCACGGGACGCACUGAACUGGGGUGGUGGUAUGCGGCUGCAAUGCACAGGACUGUUUGCAUUCUGAAAGCACUGGCAUGCAUGCGUGGGACAUCCAUCCUAGGGCUGAAGGUGCAUUACCCGCACAAACACACACACUGACCUGCACAUACACAAACGGCCCUGCAGAGAUCCAUGGUGCGUCGCCUCUUGUUCCCCAGGGCCAGACCCCAAACCAUUUUUCCCACUUUGUGUUGUUUCUACAGUUGCUGCGGGGGUCGGCAACUAGAGUUGUCUGCCCCAACAGGCCAGGCAAAAAGUUCUUGUACGUGGCAGAAGUUGGUUUGCUGCCUCUUGCAGGAUGGGGAAGGAGACUAGAGACAAAACUGAGACAGCACCACGUAUGCAUUUUUCUAGCAGUCUCCUCCUUCUCUCAUAGAGCCAAUGGGGAGGAAUCUCAAUCUCUCUCUCUCUCUCUCUCUCUCCCCCCCCACCUCCUUCCAGCUCAACUUGCACCCCCAAUCCAAGUGACACUUAAAGCCCCUCCUGUCCCCCUAGUCUUGACAAUUGGCCAUAUCUUCUCUAGUGGGUGGCACUCCCCACCCCGCCCAAGGCUUGUGAAGUAUGCGAGCUGCCUGGUCGUUCUUCCCUGUCCCGUGUCUGUGAAGGAGUGGACUGUUAAGAUGGCUUUCCCUUGUCUCAGCUUUCUUAAUGUGUUUUUUUAAAACAAUGAUUUAGCACAUUGUACUUGAAAUUACCUCGGUUUCUUGUGACCUCAUGAGCUUAUUUGUUUUCGCUUUGGGGGGGGGGGGACAUGUUUUGGGUUGAUUGUUAAAAAGGCUGUGUUGAGAAACCUGAGGAGAAAGCGUUGGUAUGACGCGCCAAAGUGCCGCAGUGCAGCCGCAAAAGCGCCGUUGACUCCGGUUUCCAUGUCAGCCUUACAAAUUUUUUUGUGCAUUAUUAUUACCAAAAUUGGUAUUUUGUUUUUAAUGACCCGCUUGGUAUAAACGGGAUCAUGUUAUCCUGAAAGCUACCUCUAUUGUGGUUUGUUUUUUUUUUAUUUUGCAGUUACAAAGCACAUUUUGCAAUAUUUGUGUUUGUUUUUUUUUGCUUUGUGAUGUUCAUUUCAAUCUUCAUCUCAUGCUUUAUAUUUGCAAAUGUAUAUUUUAUUCUAAUUUAGCUGCAUUUAUAUAUCGAAAAAAGUUUUUAGGGAAGCAUUAUGUAGAUGGGAGAAAAGGGAAAUUGCUACGGGGUGUCUCUGUGUACUGCUGUCCUUCCCGCCCCCGCCCCCCCCCCCCCCGCCCCCAUCGCCAUCCCCCUGUCUCAACUGCUGACAAACAUUGAAGGCCUUAAAUAGUGGGAGCGGAGCACACUUCAUUGUAACAGUUCAGAGAGUUGAAACAGUUUAGUGAAAAAUUAGUAAUUUGGAAAAGGAAAAAAAACAGUUAAACUUGAAUAUGUGAAUAUAGUUUAAGUAGAGCUUUGUUUAUAAUGUGAAAAGCAAAUUAUAGCAUCACUCAAAGCAGAUGAUGUUAAGCAAAAUAUGCAGUAAUUUGACCAAUCUCACCUGCUUGCAGAGAUGCCUCCAGGGCCUCUGUGGGUGUCCCCAACUUUCCCCCAACUUUCCACCUCCUCUUUCACUCAACACUCACCAAGCUGAAAGUGUUGGAUGGAUAAAUUAUUUGCAAAGUGUAAUAUUUUUGUAUCAUUUGUUAGUCCCCUUGUUUUUGGCAAGAUGUUGUUCCCCCCCACCCAUCCUUUUGUAAUGUGAACAGGAAUUGGUGUGCGUAUGUGUAUGGGUGUGAGUGGGUGUGACCUAGUAUUAAAUAAAUCAUGCAGUAUUGUUGUCAUCCACUGUUUGCCAGAGAGGAUGGUACUGAAUCAGGGUGAAAUCGCAGCUUCCAAAGCACACGUGGGAAAACGCCUUUGGAUGCAGCCUUCUGGUUGGCCUCAGUGGGUCUUCCCUCAUCCAGGAGAAAGGACUGGAGGUCAGGGGGCGGUGCUCAUUGCGACUGUGGGGUUGUGCAUCCAUACUGCAACCGUUGUUACCCACGCCUAGUGAGUCUGUGGGAAGACGCAAUUUUCCUCUGCAUUUUCUUCUUUUGGGGGGCAAGCAUUCUGCUUCUGCCCCGUGGUGAACGUUGAUUGAGCACGAGUAAAGUUGUGUUUGAAUGGCAGAGAACAAAGUGGAUUCAGAAGAAGGGGCGACUGGUUUGACUUGGCAGUCGGGAUUGCACACGCUGGGUUUGAAUUUAAGGGAAAUAUUUUCCUCCCACUUUAAAGUACAGUCAGUUUUUAUGAAGCCGGCCUUUUGGGUAGCCGGUUUACUUUGCAUCGCUGACCGCAUACAAGUAACUCCCACAUUUAGCCACCUGGUUGAGUACUGCUUUAUGGUACUGAAUUACAAAGGCUUUACCAUGUUUUAAUUCAAUGUUUAUCCACCUGCAAAUCCAGAAACCUGGCUUGUCUACCGUAUAUACACUUUUAUGUUUUGCAUAGAAUCCCGUUGCAAGUAUAUAAACUAUUCCUGGCUGUCUGUGCUUCUUGCUUUGGGAAUAAGCUUCAGAAGUGAAAGUGUUAAGAAGUAUUGUAUACGUGCAUGGAUGAAUGUGGGUUGGUGCGCAUCUUUGUGAGAGAAGUUUAACUCUUUGCUGCUUUGUGGUGGGAAGGGAGGCAGGCAUUGACCGAGUGCCAUUCUCCUGGCAGUGUUUGGGAAAUGGCUUGUUUCAUCUUUGGGCCUGAAACAGGUAAUUUUUCUCCCACAUUUAAAAGAGGGGAAAUGCUGCAAUGUCUCACCAUUGUUUGGUUUGGACUUUCCUAGCUAAGGGAUGUCAUGGUAUUCUAGAGGAUCCUGAAUUUUGCAAGGGGACCUCGGUGUCCGUCCGUCCGUCCCCCCAGUUCCAGACGCCUUGGCCAUUUUCACACUGGUUACUGGCUACGGAACAUCGUGCAAAGCUCCCGGAAUGACAGAGUCUUUCUAGCGUGUCAUAACUCCAAUUCUCGCGCAAAAUCGUGCCAGGAAGACGCUGUUGUUCCGGGAGCUUUGCACCAUGUUCUGCAGCCAGUAAGCAGUAUGAAAAUGGCCCUAGUUUCUUGCCAGUUUCGAAUUUCACAAGCCUGAAAAUUACUCCUUUAUGCAAAACUCCUGCCAAGUAAAACAAGAAGUUUACCGAGAUGUACUAAUAGAGAUGAGAAUUUAGUCGAGCGAUGGGUUGUCAGGCAACUUUUCCAUUCGUUUUCACUCCGUUUCCCUGCAGUUAAUCUUCCAUGUCCACCCCCCACUCCCCUCCGAGAGCUCCUGCUGUGCUUUGAUGUAAGGGUGCUUUGCUCAGUCGCCCACCAACACAAGGAAGGGCCUGUGUUGGUGGGAGGGCAGACACUCCCGAGCCCGGAACAUUCAGCCCAGUGAAUAUUUGCUCCCCCGCUACCAUGACAUCCUUCGGCACUUGGGUGCCAGCUUCUUGGCGUGCGUCUUAGUAUAUGUUCUGCCUAGUGUUGGCGUAUGCAUGAUCUUUGGAGGCUAAGCCGUGGUCAGUCUCCAUGGCGUUUCUGUUAAUGUCUGUUAUAGCACUGAGGACCAAUUUUGUCCUUUAGGACCAAGCAAAAUGUAAAGCUUCUUCUUAAUAUUUUUCCUGCUUGUCUCUUGACGUCGUGACAGCACAAGUGCCCGUGUGAUUGCCCGUGUGAUUUCAAAGAAAGAGUGUUUUGAAUUGCUGUCUUGGCUCUGUCUACCUCAGCACCUCCUCUUAGCCUAAUUUUAGAAGGUGCCCAAUUUUUUUUUUUGUUCUUUGUGGGUUUUUCCCCCCAGAUUCUGGGUUAAGUAUUUUUUCCUGUACAAAAUUUUCUUCUGUUUGUUUCUUUGCAGUACCGCUUGUGAGUCCCUGUUAUGUGUUACUCUAGAGUCACAGAUGCAGUUAGCUAAAAAAAGAAAUCCACGCAACAUAAUUCAGAUUUCCCCCCAUCCCAAGGAACGUUGUGCCGUCUUCUCCUAGUUGCUGUUCUCCACCUUUGCAUCUGUUCUGUGUAGGGGGCAGGUGCGGUUCUUUGUAAAACUUCAGUGUUUCUGGCAGAGGGAAAAAAAAAAGAAAAGGUUAAAAAAAAGAAUUUGACUGCUGCAGGUUUUUUUUCUCUCCAUUUGUCACUAAGUGAAGUUUGUGCCUUCUAUAGCAAAGAGAAUAUUUUUUACAUCCUACUAACGGUAGAUUUUUUUGUAGUGGACAUUUUUUGUAUUUUUAUUUAUAAGUCUCAUAAGGAAAAUAGCAAAUGUUCAGUUGUAUACCUUGAAUCUGCAGUUAGAAAAAGAAAUAAUAAAGUUAAUUCAGUCGUUGA